AUGCAGUUCAUCAACACCGCCGCGUUGGCUAUCGCCUUCCUCACCACCUCCGGCCUCGCCGCUCCUUUCUACAGCCCGACGAGCGUCACCGUCCAACUUGCCAACGACCAGUCCGGCGCCAAUGCGGACAUCGCCGUCCCCGCCGAUGGUCAGGCCUACUCCAUUCAACAACUCUACGGCAGCACCGCUGUCGCCGAGCACGGUCUUGUUUUUGCCUCGAGCGCCCAGGUUGUCGCAUUCCAGCAGGCAACUUCCUGCACGAUUACCGGGCAGUCUAGCCCCAGCGUGACUCUGGACUCCCAGAGGACUUGGGAGUCGUUUGGUGGCGUGGUGGACUUGUGCUCCGCUACUAUUACUUGUGUUUGCGAGGGCAUGUAA